GCCAUAGAGAGGGGCGUGGUGUUUGAGGUGUCCUACUCCGCUGCCAUCAGAGACUCCACCUGUAGGCGUUACACCAUCGCCAACGCCAUCUGUCUUAUGGAGACAUGUAAAGGGAAGAACGUGAUCCUGUCCAGUGCAGCCGAGAAGCCUCUGGAGCUGCGAGGGCCCUCUGACAUCACCAACCUAGGUUUGUUGUUCGGUUUGUCGGACGGAGACGCAAAGGAAGCUGUUUCGUCCACCUGUCGAUCAGCUGUACUGCAUGCAGAAACGAGGCGGACGGCGAGCGGGAUCAUCUCCACCAUGAAGAGCGGCAGUGAGUCGAGCGUCCAGCAGGAGGCGCCACCUGCAGACGGUGAAGCUCCUGCAGCCAAAAGAGCGCGGCCUCACCUGACCCCGAGGCAUACCUGAGGAGGGCGGGACUUCUGACAGACACAUUCUGAUUGGUUCUUAUUUUUGUUGAUUGACAGAAAAUUGAUUGAUCAGUAACAAGCUCUUUUUUUGACUUCAUG